UAUGGCAGAUGUGAUGGCAGAUCCUAACAGUCUACAGAAGAAAGAAGAAACGAAGAAAAAGCAAAAACGCUAUCCUAAUAAGAAUUAUGCUCUUAAAAAGCGUUUACCACCUAGGCCAGUAAAUGGAGACAAUGUGUUGUUUAUUACGAAGAAGACGAACUUUAAAGCACAACUAGAUAAAUGUUGCGAUUUACUAACAAGAGGAGAAAAGGAGAUAAUACUUCAUGGUCUAGGCGCGGCAAUACAGAGAUGCUGUAAUUUGGCACUUCAGCUGGAAAUUCUAUUUUCAGGCACCUGUCAAAUCGAAGUAAACACUGGAUCUGUAGACCUAGUUGAUGAUCUAGAGCCACUGACUGAUGAACUAGAUUUUGGCUCACAAAUACGACAUUCAUCAUCCAUCCACAUAAGAAUAUUUAGGACAGCAAUGCUCGGAUCUAAUCAAAACUAGUGAAAGGGUGAUAAUGUUUUUU